CUGACAUGAGUGCUGAAAUACGAACGACCCGCGUCGUAACCUUUGUAACUCUCUGCUCCAUUUUCAGACAAAAGCCCUAGUUCGUGGAGAAAAAUGACGGACAAGAAAGGAGACACUACUGCUUCCUCGACCACCAGCAACAGCAAAAACACUCCUAAAAAGGCUAAUCUUCUGGAUCACCACUCCAUCAAACACCUCCUCGAUGAGUCUGUCACUGAGAUCGUGACCGGCAAAGGUUUCAUUGAAGAUGUAAGGAUGAGUAACAUCAGAUUGCUGAUGGGAAGCGUCAUCAUUAUAAUUGCUCUUUUCGCUCAGUUCUACAACAAGAAAUUUCCUGAAAACCGAAACUUUUUGAUCGGCUGCAUCGUGUUGUAUAUUUUGUUCAACGGAAUUCUUCAGCUGAUCAUACAUACGAAGGAAAAGAAUGCGAUUUUAUUCACCCAUCCUCCUGCUGAAUCUUUUAGUAGCACUGGGCUAGUUGUCUCUUCCAAGUUGCCAAGGUUUUCUGACAUGUACACACUUACCAUAGCGAGUGCAGAUCCUGAUUCAAUAUCUGCAAAGCCUCAAGUGGAAUUUACCAAGAGCGUUACCCAGUGGUUCACAAAGGAUGGAGUUUUGGUGGAAGGGCUGUUUUGGAAAGAUGUUGAGGGACUAGUAAACGAGUAUACUAGAGAAAGUAAAAAGAGCAAGUGACAUUGCUCAUCAGCUAUACGUUCCACCGGGACUGAAGUAGGUUCUGUGACUCUUACAUGAAACAGAUGAAGUUGGUAAAGAUUGUGCUUGUAAAAAAGCUAAUGGAGCUUAGACAAGACUAUUCAAAAUAUGUUUUGUGAACGGAGCAGAAAACAGUUCUGUUGAAAUCCAUAUGGUUUUCAUGAUUCAACUGAUGAAUUUGUCAGGACUUGAAUUUUGGACAUCUUUAUGGAACUUAUAAUACAAUCCUGGCUUAUCCAUUACCAGUUGUUUAACA